AUGUCUUCUAUGGAAAAGGAUCGCGUCGAGUCUGACGACCAGACCAUGUCCAGCGAGGAAGCUCCCCGACGAGAGAAGCGCAGCAAGAAGAAGAGCAGCAAGUCUUCCCGUCGUCAAGGCGGCGGCCAGCAGCAGCAGCAAGGCGGAGGUGGUUCAGGACCUCUGGACCAGCUCCCUCUCGCCGGUGACCUUGGUAACUCAGUCGGCGGCGUCACAGACGGAGUGACCAACACUCUGGGCGGCGUCACGGGUGGCCUUGGAGGUCUCACCGGUCAGUCGGGCGGCGGCGGUGGUGGUGAUGCCGGCAAGGACACUCUCCGACUCCGUCUAGAUCUCAACCUCGACAUUGAGAUUCAGCUCAAGGCUCGUAUUCACGGUGACCUAGAACUCUCUCUACUGUACGUAUUUCCUCCUCUCAUUCUCCUUUAUUUCCCCUCCAAUCUGUGGCCGUUGUAUCUUACUUGGCUUGCAAAUCUCCAGAACGGGAUAACCGCCGAGAUAUAA